AAAUACCCCUCCUCUGUGCCGCGCCGGCAGAACUGCCUUCUGUCUCCGAAGCCUCAAGUCGGCCUGAAGGAUCCUCAACCGGACAAAAUGCGUGAGUGUAUUUCUAUGCAUGUCGGCCAGGCCGGCGCCCAGAUGGGCAAUGCAUGCUGGGAGCUGUACUGUCUGGAGCACGGGAUCCAGCCGGACGGCACCAUGCCCAGCGACAAAACCAUCGGAGGAGGAGACGACUCCUUCAACACCUUCUUCAGCGAGACGGGAGCGGGGAAACACGUGCCACGAGCCAUCUUUGUAGACCUGGAGCCCACUGUAAUAGAUGAGGUGAGGACGGGUACCUACCGCCAACUCUUCCACCCUGAACAGCUGAUCACUGGCAAGGAGGACGCUGCCAACAACUACGCCCGCGGGCACUACACCAUCGGCAAGGAGAUCAUCGACUUGGUUCUUGACCGGACGCGUAAACUGGCUGACCAGUGCACAGGCCUUCAAGGCUUCCUCAUCUUCCACAGCUUCGGUGGAGGCACCGGCUCUGGUUUCACCUCCCUGCUGAUGGAGCGCCUGUCGGUAGACUACGGCAAGAAGUCCAAGCUGGAGUUUGCCAUCUACCCCGCACCCCAAGUGUCCACCGCAGUGGUGGAGCCCUACAACUCCAUCCUGACCACCCACACCACCCUGGAGCACUCUGACUGUGCCUUCAUGGUGGACAACGAAGCCAUCUAUGACAUUUGCCGCAAGAAUCUUGAUAUCGAGCGCCCAACCUACACCAACCUCAACCGUCUAAUCGGUCAAAUUGUCUCUUCCAUCACCGCUUCCCUGAGAUUCGACGGAGCCCUGAAUGUGGAUCUGACGGAGUUCCAGACAAACUUGGUGCCCUACCCACGUAUCCACUUCCCUCUGGCCACCUACGCUCCUGUCAUCUCCGCUGAGAAGGCCUACCAUGAGCAGCUGUCCGUGUCUGACAUCACAAAUGCUUGCUUUGAACCAGCCAAUCAGAUGGUGAAGUGUGACCCUCGUCAUGGCAAGUACAUGGCCUGCUGCCUGCUCUACCGAGGCGACGUGGUACCCAAAGAUGUCAACUCUGCAAUUGCAACCAUCAAGACCAAGAGAACCAUCCAGUUUGUGGACUGGUGCCCCACUGGCUUCAAGGUGGGCAUCAACUACCAGCCUCCAACCGUGGUGCCCGGUGGAGACCUGGCCAAGGUGCAGAGGGCCGUGUGCAUGCUGAGCAACACCACCGCCAUCGCCGAGGCCUGGGCCCGCCUGGACCACAAGUUCGACCUGAUGUACGCCAAGAGGGCCUUCGUGCACUGGUACGUGGGAGAGGGCAUGGAGGAGGGCGAGUUCUCCGAGGCCAGAGAAGACAUGGCCGCCCUGGAGAAGGACUACGAGGAGGUGGGCACAGACAGCGUGGGCGAAGAGGACGAGGAGGGAGAGGAGUACUAAGAAGCUGACCCUUUUCCUCACAACUCCUGCUUCCUGUAUUCUGGGCAGCGUUUCUCAAAACUGUAGCUGCUAGCUAGUUAGCAACACAUUUGGUUGACCACAAGCAACUGCAUCGCAAGCAACCAAUAAAGUAGCUCACUUAGUAAACAACUGUAAACUAUAGUUGCUAGCUAGUUAGCAACUUAGUUGGGUUGCGAUGAGCAUUGCAACAAACAAAGUAGCUAACGGAGUUAGCAGCUAUUGUUUUGAGAAACUGACUCUCAAGAAGCAGGGAUAACCAAGCGCUCAUCAGGGAAACUAUUGGGACUCUCAUAAUACUGACAUUAUUGCAUUCCAUGCACUUGCCUUUACAGUAUUAUUGCAAAUAAAAUAAUAAAAAACAAUUUAAAUAAUUA